ACAGAAAUUCAUGGUGACUUAUUUUGGAACACUGGGAAUAGUAUCAGACGGAGUAGCUCUGUGUGUGGGGAAUAGACUUCUGUAUUCUCGCUCGGACAUAUUCCGUGCUUUGGUGCUUAGGGUUUUUCAUUUCCCCAAUCUCCUAAUUCGAAACCCUUUACAUCGGAUCUGGUGUGAGCAUCUGAGUUUGGAGCAAAAGUUAUUCCCUGUUGUCGUAAAGUUCAACAGCCAAGUUUCAUGUCUGAACUCGAUAUUCAGAUUCCUAAUGCUUUUGACCCCUUUGCUGAGGCCACUGCUGAGGACUCGAGUGCUGGGUCGAAAGAGUACGUGCAUAUUCGCAUACAGCAGCGAAAUGGCAGGAAAAGCUUGACAACUGUGCAGGGUUUAAAGAAAGAAUUUAGCUACAACAAGAUUCUCAAGGACCUCAAAAAGGAGUUUUGCUGCAAUGGUACUGUUGUCCAGGAUCCUGAGUUAGGCCAGGUUAUCCAGCUUCAAGGUGACCAGCGAAAGAAUGCUUCUACAUUCCUGAUUCAGGUGGGUAUCGUGAAGAAGGAACACAUCAAAAUUCAUGGUUUCUAAGCUGUAGUAUAUCUAUCAUACUGCAGUUUAUGUUUGGUAAUAUUAUGAGGCAACAGUGCUGGCUUUUAGACUUGAAUUAUAUAUGUUGUGGUUCUAAAUUUUCUUAAUUUGCUGUGCGUUAAACUGCAGUACUUUGACUUUGAUAGUGAUAUGUGGUGGGAUGAUGAUGAAAGGCCUUCUAGUUCCCAGUAUAAUGCAAA